GUGAGUAAUUCUGUCAUCAGUGAGCUGCAUCCCCUUCCUGAACUCAGCUGCCAGCCCACAUCUAAAGCAUCUUUGUGUCAGGGACUAACACUUCACAAUCACCCCCUUAGAGGGAAGUGAGAUUGCCAGCGUCCCUCUACCACUUGGAUCUUCUGCUGUUACCUGAAAGGUGGGCCCUCACCGCUGGCAGAUGGCAGCUCUCUCAGUAUUUCUGGAGUUUCUGAAACAAAUACCUCGCUGCCUCAGAAUCUUCUGCACCUGCCUUCUCUUCCUUCAGUUGUGGGAGGUGAACUCAGAUGAGGUCCGGGUGCUGGGCCCUGAAGAGUCCAUUUUGGCCCGCGUCGGGGAAGCGGUAGAGUUCCCAUGUCGCUUAUCAUCAUACCAGGACGCAGAGCACAUGGAAAUCCGCUGGUUUCGGACCCAGGUCUCCAACGUGGUGUACCUGUACCAGGAGCCGCAGGGGCACUCCAGCCUGCAGAUGGCGCAGUUCCGAAACAGGACCUUAUUUGAAGCUUAUGACAUUGGGGAGGGCAGCGUGAAUCUGCACAUCCUUAGCGUGGUUCCCUCUGACGAGGGCCGAUAUGGGUGCCGCUUUCAUUCCCACAACUUCUCUGGUGAAGUCACGUGGGAACUGGAAGUAGCAGGCUCAGGCUCAGACCCACACAUCUCCCUCGAGGGCUUCAAUGGAGAAGGCAUUCAGCUGCGAUGCAGUUCCAGUGGCUGGUACCCCAAGCCGAAGGUUCAAUGGAGAGGCCACCAGGGUCAGUGCCUUUCUCCAGAGUCUGAAGCCAUCACCCAGAAUGCCCAGGGCCUGUUCAGUCUGGAGACAUCCGUGAUUGUCCGAGGAGGCAAUGUGUCUUGUCUAAUCCAGAACCCCUUGUUGCCCCAGAAGAAAGAGUUUGUGGUCCAGAUUGCAGAUGUGUUCCUUCCCAGAACGUCCCCCUGGAAGAAAGCAUUUGUGGGAAUCCUAGUGGUCCUGCCGCUCAGUCUGAUUGUGCUCACCCUGCUGGCGCUGCGGUAUUUUUACAAGCAGCGGAGCUUCCAAGAAAACCGGGUGAAGCAGGGAGAGAAGGUCCGAGAGAAACUUCAGACAGAGCUUGACUGGAGAAGAUCCGAGGGCCAGGCUGAAUGGAGAGCAGCCCAGCAAUAUGCAGUGGACGUGACCUUAGAUCCCGCCACAGCGCACCCUAGCCUGGAGGUCUCCAACAACCGCAAGAGUGUGUCCUCCCGCCUGGGGGUGCCCAGUACUGCAGCCGGCGACCCGCAGCGGUUCUCGGAGCAGACGUGCGUGCUGAGCCGGGAGCGCUUCUCCAGCGGCCGCCACUACUGGGAGGUGCACGUGGGCCGGCGCAGCCGCUGGUUCCUGGGCGCCUGUCUGGAGUCGGUGGAGCGCUCCGGGCCCGCGCGCCUGAGCCCGGCGGCGGGCUACUGGGUGAUGGGGCUGUGGAACCGCUGCGAGUACUUCGUGCUGGACCCGCAUCGCGUGGCACUGGCGCUACGCGUACCUCCCCGGAGGGUAGGCAUCCUGCUGGACUACGAGGCGGGGAAGUUGUCCUUCUUCAACGUGUCCGAUGGCUCGCACAUCUUCAGCUUCACCGACACUUUCUCAGGGGCGCUCUGCGCCUACUUCAGGCCCCGAGCCCACGAUGGCAGCGAACACUCAGAUCCCAUGACCAUCUGCUCUUUGCCGGUUAGAGGGCCACAGGUCCUCGAAGAGAACGACAACGACAACUGGCUACAGCCCUAUGAGCCUUUGGACCCUGCCUGGGCUGGUAAUGAGGCACUGUGAUGACCUCAAGGCCAGGUCCAAGCAUUGUCCUGAACUCCUGGACAGGACAGCGCUUUGCUCUCCUGCAGCCAAAGCAUGCAGAGUCAGAAGACUCUUUGUGUAUCCUGCAAAAGUCGAGAAGUAAUGAUAUUUCAUAAGCAAGGAGUUCACCUUUGGCUCAGAUCCGAAUACAACUUGUAGCGACUUCCUUGAUCAAUUUGUACAUGGAAAUUCAAUAAUGGCAGUGAUGUGGCUGGGGUGGGGUCAGUGGUAGAGGGCUUGCCUAACUUGAGGGAUAGCACACAUCUUCAAGUUCACCAACACUUUCUCCAGGGAAGGGCAUUAGAUCCCCAGCCCAGGAGGAGCAGGAUAAGGAUGGCAAAAAUGCACUAAUAACCGGAAGAUAAACAUACAAGUAACAUUGAACAGACUGAGCAGGCUAUAUUUAGCAAAAUAUACAUAUAUACAUAUACUCACAUAAUAACAUUAAUUUUAAAAGGCCAUGAAUUUGAAAGAGACCUAGAAGUGAUGCAUAGGAGGAUUUGGGGGGAGGAAAGGGAAGGGAGAAAAGAAUGUAAUUUCAUUAUAAUCUCAUAAAAUUAAAAAAUAAAAUAAU